AUGAACGAGGCCCAUCUGCCCUUCAGGCAGUUGCUGGAGGAAGUCCCAGACCCUGAGAAGACCCCGGGUGGCCUCCUGGCUGCCUUUCCGCGGCUCUGGCGGCUUUGCAUUCCACAGGAGCCCCAAGCCGCGGGUCCUGUGACCGACACAGGUGAUGAUGCAACCAGUGCAAGCUCUUCUCAGGCGUUUGGUGCGCAAUCACCUCUUUUCUCUGCAGUUGUCCGUGCACGCCUUGUGGGACACCUCCUUGGGUGCCACGAAGCCGUGUCCUCUGAGCUGACAGCGGAAGAAAAGCAACUCUGGGACGUUUUUGUCAGCAUUGACCACAACUUGGCGGGUUCGAUGAUGGUCAGCUUAGAAUCAGCAGACGACCUCUGCGAUGCGCUGACGUCUGUUUCCUCCCGAAAUCAUGCGGAGGCCUGUGUCAAAGCUCUCGCAGAGCGUGUUGAUGACACGGGUGAGUGCGACUUCGCUGACCUGCUUGAUGUCUGGGAAGCUGCGAAACAACCCGAUCAACUGUGGCAGUUCCGCAGCAGUCUGCGCAACGGUCUGUCGAAUCUUCUGGCAGGUGCCGGAAUUACCGAGGCAGCAUCGUCACGAGUUCCAGAGAUGCGA